CCCCCAGCCCUGCUUAGAGGGAGAAAAAAAAAAAAAAAACCAACCAACCCAAAAAGCCGAAGCUAGGCAGAGCGACGUUGCGCACGCGGCGUCAUGCCGGGCCGGUCCUCUUUAGAAGCCCCGCCCUUGUUUCUGCGCCUGCGCUAUUCGAGUUGGGUCUUUCCGGGCCCGGCGACGGGUGAGAGACGCUGAAAUAAUGGAAGAAAACGAGGAUUGCGUGCGCUCGGUGGAUCCAAAAUGUACCACUCCGGAAUCGACGAUCCAAACCGAAGAAACAAAUACGGAGAACCCUUCAGAUACUUCCAACAUGUACAGGUACAUUAAAGAGGACUUGUUCACUUCGGAAAUCUACAAGGUAGAACUUCAGAAUCUCCCCAGAUACAUCGGCUUUAACGAAGUCAAGAAAUUCCUUGCCAAAUACGGACUUAACCCGCAUAAGAUAAAACUGAUGGGGAAACAGACUUUUGCUUUCGUCACCUUCAAGAGCGAGGAAGAAAGGGACAAAGCGAUGAAAGUUCUCCACGGGGUCCGGUGGAAGAACCGGAACCUGAGCGUCCGCUUGGCCAAACCAAAAGCGGAUCCCAUUUUGAAGAAGAGGAAGAGAGAGGAAGGCGCCGAAGAGUUGUCGGCCAAGCGUCCGGCUUCAUCCAAAGACGGCGAGGAGGAGCCUCUGAGCAAGCAGAUAGCGGAUGUGGUGACUCCUUUGUGGGCCAUGUCCUAUGAAGACCAGCUGGUGAAGAAGAGGAAGCAGUGUGAAGAAGUGUUGGCGAAACUGACCAGGGACAUGGGAAACAACAACCGAGCGCUGCUCCCAUGGUUGUUCCUGCAAAAGGAGAAGCACGAUGGGCUUUGUUGCCCCUUGGAGGGAGUGAAGCCAUCCCCAUUACAGACCGAGUACCGCAACAAAUGUGAAUUUUUGAUUGGCUUAGGCCCAAAUCAAGACGAUAAAACGGUCGGCUUCCGGCUGGGCAAAUACAAGGGGGGUUCCUGCGCUGUUGUGGAACCCUUCGAGACCAUCCACGUUCCCACGGAGGCAAAAAUGGUGGCCAGGGCAUUCCAGGACUACAUACGGUCAACCUCCUACGGCGUUUAUAGCCCAGAAACCUACGAAGGACACUGGAAACAGCUAACAGUUCGUACUAGCUCGAAUGGCCACGUCAUGGCAAUUGCCUAUUUUAACCCACAGAAAUUAAGCAAAGAAGAACGUGCUACAUUGCAAUCCUCUAUGGCUAAGUACUUCACAGAAGGUCCCGGGAAAGGCAGCGGCAUAACAUCUUUAUAUUUUGUAGAAGAAGGCCAGAGAAAAUCACCGAAUCGGGAAGAUUUAAUUUUGAACAACAUCGCUGGUGAUAAGUACAUACAGGAAGAUCUUCUGGGGUUAAAAUUCCGGAUUUCGCCCCAUGCUUUUUUCCAGGUGAACACGAAGGCAGCCGAGGUUCUGUAUUCAACCAUUCAGGAUUGGGCCGACAUCAACCAGGAAACCACGGUGCUGGAUGUUUGCUGUGGAACUGGAUCAAUUGGCAUAUCUCUUGCACAGAAAGUGAAGAAAGUUAUCGGAGUCGAACUCUGCCAAGAAGCGGUUGAAGAUGCCAAAGCAAACGCUCAGCUGAAUGGGUUGAUGAAUGUUGAAUUCCACUGUGGGAAAGCUGAAGAGCUUGUUCCUCACCUCGUGAAUACGUUAGCGCUACACAACACAGUUACAAUUGUGGAUCCCCCACGAGCAGGUUUACAUUCCAAAGUAAUCCUCGCCAUCCGAAAAGCCGAGCACUUGAAAAAGCUCCUUUACGUCUCCUGCAACCCUCGAGCUGCUAUGAACAACUUUGUGGACCUUUGUCGAGCACCUUCUCACCGCGUGAAGGGCAGCCCCUUCCGGGUUAUCAAAGCAACGGCGGUAGAUCUUUUUCCCCACACCAUGCACUGCGAGAUGCUUUUCUUCUUCGAAAGAAUCGAGUAUCCAAACAGCAAAGCAAGUAACGCCCCUGCGGGCUCGGCGGAGAUUCCAGAUGGGAGAUCAGUGGAGACUCCAGAUGUGAGAUCGGCGGAGAUUCCGGGUGUGGGAUCGGCAGAGAUUCCGGAUGAGGGAUCGGUGGAGACUCCGGGUGUGAAAUCGAUGGAGAUUCCAGAUGUGAAGUCCCCAGAAACAACUUCUCCCGAGGCCGACACCACAGACUCCCUCCCGAGAACAGCGAUGGGAAGUCCCAGUUAGUAAUUCUUUUGGCCCGCCCAGCACAGAAAGGACCUGUGUUUUACUUCCCGAUCUUAAAAAGAUAGGCCGCUUCCCCCUCCCCUUCCUUUCAUUACCCAGCCAGCUUCUGCUUAAAUUUUGAAAAAGUAACAAGUUUGAAGUAUGUCAAUAGUUUAAGGGAGACUGUUGGAAGCAAAGGCCUGAAGAUACAAUUUCAGACUGUACUUUUUUUUUUGUAAUGGUGUAUUUUUGAAAUCAUGGAGCGAACGGGAUUAAAGCCAUUGGGUGCA